AUGGCACCUUCCGUAUCACGUAGCUUGUAUUUACAAGUUUCCGAUUUGAAGUUUUGUGGAAAAUCCUUCCAUCUUGAACCUGUUACGGUUGUAGCCCCCAUAGUCUCCCCCUUAAUCCAACGCCGCCGACGACCUCUGCGAUGGAUCAGAUCGAAUUCAAGCCUGCCUUCGACCCAGUUCAACGAUUAUAAUGGACUUGGUUCACGCAAACGAGUUAUUGGUAAUGGCGUUCGAGGAGAAUGCACACCAGUAGCCCGUGGUGAUCGUGAACUCAUGGUGAUGGUGCUUCUUCCUAAGCAAAAGUGGAUUAAUAAAAGGCUAAAGAUUUUCGAUGAGCAGCCUUAUAAAG